AUGCCCACAGAGCAGCACCCUCGCGAAGGCCCAGCGAGCGCAGAAGCCACGUUUUCGCGUGUUGUUGUGGUGGUGACCCGUGUUUGUUGUCGCUCCGCAGGUGAAAAGCCGUUCAGCUGUCACUGGGACGGCUGCGACAAGAAGUUUGCCCGCUCCGACGAGCUUUCCCGCCACCGGCGGACGCACACCGGCGAGAAGAAGUUUGUGUGCGGCGUGUGCGACCGGCGCUUCAUGCGCAGUGACCACCUGACCAAACACGCCCGGCGGCACACGACGUCCAAGCGGGCGACGUCGUGGCCCGCCGACACCGGUGACCUCAACAAAAUGGCCCUGCCCAAAGGUCAUAUCCGAGGCCCCGCCCUUCCUGUCAGGGUGCUCGUCCCCACCGCCAACUAACUCAGGACACUGGAGGCGGAGCUUCAGUCAGAAUGAUGGUCUGUAAGCGUAUGGCGCCCCCCUGAGGCUGAAGCGGUCGUUACACUCCAGUGACUGAUGAUGAAACAGAAACCUGGAGUUUUGAGUCUUUACAAAAAACUUUGGCACAAAAACUGCAAACGUCGGAUUUCUGCGAGAAAAUUCAAAUAAAAAAAUGAAUGAAAUUAUUUUUAUUUCUUUUUACAUCAGUACUUCAGAGAACUGCACUUUACAGUAUGUCAGUAAACACACCGAUGCUUCCCGACACUGAGGUAACUUUUUAGCCGAGUGGACUUUGAAAACGCGGUUCUCAGCAGGAAAAACUGAUUUUAGCCUCUUAAUAAAAGACUUGUGUCAUAAAAUCGCCGUCAGUCCAAGUCUACGAUAUCUACGUCACAUGAUCACGUCUGUAACCCACUCGCCCUCUCACACCAAAAGCUGUGGAUCAACAGCUCCUGUGUGUGUGAUGUUAAAAUCACUGAUCUUCUCCAUGAGGUUUGGUGUGGGAGAGUGAGUGGUUUACAGUGAGAUGAAGACGUAAUCAUGUGACGUCCUGGUUGAGAUUUUAUUACCCGCUGUAGGCACAGGACGAGGCCAGCAGGGGGAGUCCACAUCUCAGGCAGCACUGACUCUGGUGUCAGUGCUUCAGAAUCCACACAACCUUGAGUUGAGCUCAUGUGGUUGUCGGACACAGUGUCCGGCUUUGCUCAGGACAUUUUAUUCCCACACACACUCACAGAGGAGGAGGCGGAGCAGGAGGCGGAGCUGCUAUUCAUUCACACAAAACCAAUAAAGAUUUGACGUUGCACUGGAGUUUUUAAAAUGGAGCUGGUUUUUGUACUCAGUAAAUUCAUGUUUACUUCACGUGUGUGUGUGUGUGUGUGUGUGUGUAUCUGUUAGUCAACCAUAUGCACUCUUUUUUUUCUUGCCAAAGCCUCUGUGUAUUUGUGCUUCUGUAAAUACUGUAAAUAUAUUCAUAUCUAUAUGAAUGUUCUGUGUAUUCCAAUCUGCAUUUAUUGAUUGUAUGAGUUGUUGCUAUUUUAAACAUGUCAGUAUUCCUCACUGUGAUACUACCUAUUCUUUUUCUAUUUUUGUUUUUUUAUUAUUUAAUAAACAUGUGUUGAGGAAAAGUGCUUUUUUUUUUUUACAGUGUAGCCAGUAUGAAAAUACCUCAUGUUAUGAAAUGUAAUUCUUAUUAUUAAUAAUAAUAAUGAUAAUAAUAAUAACAACAGCUUUUAUCAGAAUGAUUUGCCUGUAAGUGAUGGUGAAAAAGGAAAUGACUUUUAUAAUAAUAAUAAAAAAAGACCAUCUCAAAU